AAAUAAUAACAAAAUAAACAAAACAAUGAAUUAUGUACAAAGAUAUUUUAAGAGACAGCAGGGAGAAGCCAAUGACCUGAGCUAUGAUUUUGCGCUGAAGCGUUUAUGUGUGGCCAAAGAGGAUAGCUGGCGUGGCAUACAACCAUCGAAUUAUAGCUCGGAUUUUAAUCCUGAACCACCAAUAUUUGCUGCUAAAUUUGCCAAUUGUGAUGGCUAUCGUCAUAUGUUGGCCAUUGCCAACGAGGAUGGAAAAAUCGCCUUGCAAGACACCACCCAGCGGAAUUAUGAAGCUGAAGAGAAGUCACUGACAGCACCACAAUGCCAUUACAAUGCUGUAUUCGAUUUGGAAUGGGCUCCGGGACAAAUGCGUUUCAUAUCUGCAUCGGGAGAUCACACCGCCCGCCUCUGGGAAGUUACAAAUAGUGAGAUUGUUGGCAUACGGCCAUUUGUGGGCCACACCAGAUCGGUGAAAACGGCAGCAUUCCGUAAAAAUGAUUCAUCAGUAUUUGCAACAGGCGGUCGAGAUGGUGCAAUCAUAAUAUGGGAUACUAGGGCAAAUCUAAAUGUGGAUAUGACACCAAGAGCGGACAACUGCAUUUACAGUGGGCAUGUUGGUGGACCCGGGACACCGGUAUCGCAGCGUAAACGUUCGCGUACACCAAAAAUGCCACCAAACACAACGUCAAGUAGUAUUACAGGAUUAGCAUUUCAAGAUGAAAACACAUUGAUCUCUUGCGGAGCUGGUGAUGGCAUCAUUAAAGUCUGGGACCUGAGACGUAACUAUAGCACCUAUAAAAAGGAACCUCAUCCCAAAUAUAGUCUGCCAUAUGCGGGCACCUCCACCUUUAAGGGCUUUACAAAUUUGAUAGUCGAUGAACCGGGAUGCCGCCUUUUCGCCAACUGUAUGGAUAACACCAUUUACUGUUACAACCUCCAUUCGUAUUCACCAAAGCCUUUGGCUCGUUAUCGCGGCCUUUUAAAUAGUACCUUUUAUAUUAAAUCUUGCCUUAGCCCUGAUGGCCGGUAUCUGCUAAGUGGCAGUUCUGAUGAAAAGGCAUAUGUAUGGAAUUUAGAUUACCCCGAUGAACCAUUGGUGGGUUUGUCGGGCCACACAGUGGAAGUAACAUGUGUAGCCUGGGGUUCAACACAUGAUUGCCCCAUUGUGACAUGUAGUGAUGAUGCCCGUCACAAGAUAUGGCGUAUUGGACCCGAAGAAAUUUCCGAAUCCGAUAAACAGGAGAAUUAUCGAGGCCAUGCGGAAUAUGUUAUGAAAUUUACCAAGCCCACAAAUCAUUCGGCGUCCACCCACAAGUAUAACUUAAGAGAAUUGGAGUCAACACCAAGAUCCUUGAAGCGGCUGGUGGAACAAAAUGAACGCACACCAAACACAGUGGAAAAGGUGGCCACCAAACGUAGUUUCCUUGAAAUGUUAGGUGCUGCUGCAAAUAAUCCAGAUGCCGUUGAUGGCGAGGAUGGUUUGCAGGAAAAUAAACGGCAAAAAACUUUGGAAACCAGAGGUCGUCGACUUUUCAGUCCAUGUCCGUCCACCUCAAGUUCUGUGAUUGCAAGUACCUCCAUGGGUUUGGCGGCACGUUGCUUACAAAAGCAGCUGACUUCAAUACCUGAGGAAGGAAAUUCGAGUAUUUGUAGCCCUCAAAUAGCCAAUGAUGUUACAAACAAUGAUUCAAAUCAAGAGAAUACACAACAAUCGGCUGUUUUAAAUACCCCACCGUCCAGUAUUGGUAUAUCGAAAAUAUUCCCCUUAAAUCAGACAACUCCAUCACCUUUGGCCGAACGGAAGCCGGUGCUAGAUACGAAUCUCAAUGCUGCUUCCUACACCUCACCACCGUCGACAAGUCAACAGGCAAAUGCGGGACAAUCAUCCUCCUCCGUUUCAUCUAUGAUAUAUUCGCCCACCUCUAAUUUACCAAAUUAUGUGCUGGAUGGCGAAGCACCACAUUUGGGUAUUAUGUCACCGAAACGUAAAAUCAAAGAAAAAGUUGAUUGGCUGACGAAGAUGCGUAAACAAAAGUUGUUGUCCUCAUGUCGUGGUACAACACUGUCGGAGAAAAUGCAGGAUUCCAUGAACACAGGUCAGGUGAAUGAAUCUACAGCUGGUGCGGGUGGAGGUGGCGGUGGUGGUCCAGUGGCUGCUGUUGCUUCACCCCGCCUGCAAAGUUUAAGACAAUCCGAAAGUAGUCCCAAAUCUACCACACCUCGACGUAGGCUAUCACAAAAUCACAAUCAUCAUAUGUCGUCUCCAUCCUCACCCCACUCACAACCCAGAACGCCUACGUCAAGUAGAAGAAAUAGUGAGACGACGUUAUUACGAUUUUUCAGUAUUCAAUCCGCGCAAAAUGCAUCGCCAGCAGCAUCAGCAGCUAACAAUCAAGAUGCAAGGAAUUCAUCAACUUCAGCAGUAUCUAGUAGUUCUGUUUCCUCGGCAGAUGUUGGAGAAAUGAGACCAUUAUCGCCAAUACCAUCCGCCACAAUACAGCCAGCAAAUACCAAUCCUGCGUCAAGUGCCCUUAUCUCUAAUACAACAAAUAACCCAACGACUGCAUUACCUGCCACAGCUGCCACAACAUGCACUGAAUGA